CACCUCUUUGACAUCCAGACUUCAACCACAAUCUCUACAAUCUUGACACUCUUCGAUCUACAGACCACUCUUCUCUCAUCUUUGAUCGUUCGAUAUAAUAGUACUGUCUCUCUCCUCUGCUUCAAGCCUUCGAUCACCAAACGCCAACCUGGACCUCGAUCAAUCUCGCACUUCCAAAACUUUCUCAACCGCAACCAUGUCUUCUCACUGGAACUGUGAAUCCUGCAACUUCGGCCCUCACAGCGUUGAGCUUCACAAAUCCUGCAUGCGCUGUGGCUCUCCUCGCACUGGCAACUCAUCGUCCGAAGACAUGCACUCGCACCACGGUCUACACAUGUGCAACGCCAUGUCUCCGUAUCCCGCUCCAGUACACAACCACGAGCUCUCGUCCAGCCCAUUGAAGGGCUCAUCACCGGUCAUCAAGCACGGCUCUUCCAUCCCACAGCCCUCGUUAUUUGGCGGGGACAUUCACGAUCGCCCUACUUCCAACCUCGCCAGCUACAGCACCGAGGGUGCCAGAAUGCACGGCAGCACCUUUCUGUACAUCUGCUGCAACUGCCAGGAUGGCCCAAAAACCUACAACAUGCAACCCCGAUGUGUGAUUUGCAACCACGUUGUUUGCUCCAACUGCCAGCACGUGAAAUAAUUGAGUCACCUUCAAUCGGUGCUUUUCUCCGGGGUCGAUGUUUGAAUACUUUUUUCUUUCUUUUUUUCAGCGGAAACAUUAUGAGCAUGACUGGAUACAUGUAACGGACGGAUACGGA